AUGAAGGUAAGUGUGGAGAUAAUAACAGGGACAUUUAUAGAUACGGAGGUGAAUGAGGAUGCAACGGUGAGGGAAUUAAAGGAAAAGAUUGCAACGGAGGUGCAAUUAUCUGUGAGUCGUUUAAUACUAAUGGUUGGACAUGAAGAAGAGAGGAGAAUGGUGAUGGAGGAUGAAGAUGAAAUGAUGUUGAAAGAUUUAGGAGUGAGAGAAGAUUCUCACAUCAAACACACGUUUGUUUGUUAA